AUGCAGCAGAAAGCCUCAACCUUUGUAACACAGAGGGGAGGAAGUAAUAUCUCCUCAACUGACUUCACUGACCCUUCAACAGAGGCUUUGCUUACACAUUCUUCCAAGAGCUCAAGUUAUUCGUCUUCACCAAAUGAUCUUGCAGCUAUUGGAAGUAGCCACCAACCAAUUAACAUCUCAACUACGGAAACAAGGACUUCUGAUGUGCAUACUUCCAGUUCCUAUAUUUCAGUGACGUUCACCGGAGCGUCAGAGAGGACCUUAACGUCUCUAACAAACAGCAGCACAUUCCCUGAUGCAGCAGAAAGCUCCACUUCUAACUUAGGAAAUAUCAAGUCUUCAGAUUUACCCCAGCCCUCGUCUGCUGUAGCACAGGCUGGAGGAAAUAAUAUCUCGUCUAGUGACUUCACUGAGCCUUCCACAGAGCCUUUGCUUACGCAUUCUUCCAAGAUCCCAAGUUAUUCGUCUUCCCCAAAUGAUCUUGCAGCUAUUGGAAGUAGCCACCAACCGAUUAACAUCUCAGCUACAGAAACAAGGACUUCUGAUGUGCAUACUUCCAGUUCCUAUAUUUCAAUGACGUUCACCGGAGCGUCAGAGAGGACCUUAACGUCUCUAACAAACAGCAGCACAUUCCCCGAUGCAGCAGAAAGCUCCACUUCUAACUUAGGAAAUAUCAAGUCUUCAGAUUUACCCCAGCCCUCGUCUGCUGUAGCACAGGCUGGAGGAAAUAAUAUCUCAUCUAGUGACUUCACUGAGCCUUCCCCGGAGCCUUUGCGUACGCAUUCUUCCAAGAUCCCAAGUUAUUCAUCUUCCCCAAAUGAUCUUGCAGCUAUUGGAAGUAGCUACCAACCGAUUAACAUCUCAACUACAGAAACAAGGACUUCUGAUGUGCAUACUUCCAGUUCCUAUAUUUCAGUGACAUUCACCGGAGCGGCAGAGAGGACCUUAACGUCUCUAACAAACAGCAGCACAUCGCCUGAUGCAGCAGAAAGCUCCACUUCUAAUUUUGGAAAUAUCAAGUCUUCAGAUUUACCCCAGCCCUCGUCUGCUGUAGCACAGGCUGGAGGAAAUAAUAUCUCAUCUAGUGACUUCACUGAGCCUUCCACAGAGCCUUUGCUUACGCAUUCUUCCAAGAUCCCAAGUUAUUCGUCUUCCCCAAAUGAUCUUGCAGAUCCUGCCACCAUUGCUCAUGUCCAGCAGUACCAUGCCUUGCAAGUACUCCCUUUAUGCUGA